AUGCCUCGAGCAAAAUCUGAGCGGUCAGCAUCUAUAGCAGUACCGUUCCCAGCGACGGCUGUCUCAGGGCCAUCCUCUCCACGAAAGCGUUCUUCGAAGGCAACGACCACCGCGGCUGACACUCCUCUCGUUGGUCUUGAAAUUCUUCGUGCUACAAAGGAAGCAGGGAAGUCACAUAAGCACACGAAGAGCACUCGCGACGGCUAUGCAGGUUACCUCGUCCGGAUGCAGAAUUGGGCGGCCAACGCUGCGAUGGGUGCCGAUCCGGAGUUCCCUGAAGCGUUUUCAGGGCCUCCGAAGCGGUGCUCAGGAGAAGCACUUGCGCUGUAUAUCACAUUCAAGUGCCUACACGAGAAGCGCGGCGUCUCGACAGCAGAGGGCGCACAUGCUGCUGCCAAGAAGUACUGGGAAGAAUAUGAAGGCGAUCUAUACCGUGGGGAAUGGCGGUUCGAUGAGCAUCGUAGCCGCUGGGUUGGAAACCCUGCAACAUGUGCAGAAGUUCGCGACAUCCUGAAGGCAAUCAAGAACAAAGCAAACGCGGACGGCGGAGAGCGGACUCACUCGGUCGCAAUGCGAUAUGACUAUUUGAAGGCGAUCAUCGAGUGGUCAGAGACCGAAUGUCCUCCUGCAGAAGCCAUGGUUACUCCAAGAGACGUAGCACACCGAACAAAGGUCACAACACACCUGUUCUUCCGUGCUUUUGCUUCAACGGGGUGGACCAUCUGGACACGCAACUUUGAGACCGCUGGAUUGAAGCGCAAACAUUACCGACUGGGGCAUAUAAGCCCAGCACCGCUCUCUCAGCCGUUCUUCAAGAUUGAAGUGACUGACCGGAAAGGUUGGCAGCGCAAGCUGGACAAGAAUGGCGAGCUUGAAACUGAGUUAGAAGGCAAUACCUUUCAUAUCUACAAUCAGCCUCACCUCUCAGCGGCAAAUAUGUUUCAUCACCUACCUGUGUGGCUCAAUUAUCUCGAGCGCUUUCACUAUCUCCGCCCGCUGUGCGAUGAAGAGUAUCUGUUCCCUGUCAUCGGUCCCAACGGGAUCAUUCAGCCGCACCUCCCGGUCUCUCACGACACAGUACAGAAGCUUUUGGACCAUUUUACGUCAGCUGCUGGGAUCGCGCAGAAGGUAAACGGAAACUUCACGACACACACCUUCCGACGAGGGGGAGCACAGUUUCGCUUCAUGCUCGCUCCAGCUGAGGAGCGAUGGACACUGGCACGUGUUCGUUGGUGGGGAGGAUGGGCAAAGGGCGAACAUCGUGACACGCUCAUUCGGUAUCUACUGGAUGAGUUGUACAUGUACGAGGAAUCCCAUAUCGAUGCACUCCAGCCAACAGCGACAAUCACUGACCAGAGGAACGACACUGGCAAGGCAGUGAAGGCGGAGGCAGCCGCAGAUGUUGAGGACCUCUUCCGGAACAGCCUGUUGUCCAUCCAACAAGACAUCACAUCGAUGGUCGCGACAGCACUCAGCGCAUGGGCUGUCCCACCUCAGCUGUAUUCUCAGGCUAGCCGCGUGACUGGCACACGCCCUCAGCCCGCCGUACUACUACCAAGGCUUAUUACGACACAACCGUCACAUGCACCUCAAUCUCAUCCGAAUCCGGCAGCAGCGUCAGUCUUGCCGCUCACGUUCCCACCUUUGCCUAUACACAACAUUGCAUCGGCACGAGGGCACUAUUGGCAGACUCCAGACCUCACCUCUCUGAGAGGCUCAGGACCGCAUCCAUCGCAUCGCCUACCCCCUAGUAACUCGGAACCUGUCAUUCCCGUCCAGCAGAGUCUCAGCCUCGCACCAUCUCCUCUCGUUCCCAGCUGGGCCUCGUCAUCAACGGGCAGUCCCUUUCAACUGCAUAGGUCACACUCGCUCCCUGUACUCAGUGGUAUCCAGCCGCUCACAAGUCUGCCGCCACCUGAUGCACGUGUGCUCAAUAUCCCCAUAUUGCGUGAUGGGAAACGAGACAAGGCAAAUGCGUGGAGAGACGUAAUCGAACUCUGGGAUGUUGGAAUUCCGUCCAUCAAUGUCAUGCCGCUGCGUGAAUGGCCGAGAGAAUGGCUUACAGGCGAGAACAAGACACGGUAUGCAGCAAAAUACCAGCAGCGAAAGGUUGUAGCAGAAGAGUUCAUUCAGCGGUUCGCCCGCGAUGAGCAUGCCUUCUUACAUGCAUACCCCGAGGCCGGGAAAGGGUCCACUGCACUACUUAAAGCAAUCAACGAAGCACGACGAACGCGUGGUGAUCGCAUCGAGCGCAGGAGCAAGAACGGCGACCCCGAUGAGCGACGACGCCAUUCAGUGACUGCAGAAUAG